AUGGAGCUGGUGGUGGGAGCUUCGGAGGCGACGAUGAAGUCGGUCAUGGGCAAGCUGGGCGGCCUCCUCGCCCAGGAGUACACCCUGAUUCGGGGCGUCAACGGCGACCUCCAGUACAUCAACGACGAGCUGGCCAGCAUGCAGUCCUUCCUCCGGGACCUCACCGCCGGCGGCGCCGGCCGAGCCCAGACCCACGGCCACCGGAUGAAGGACUGGAUGAAGCAGAUCCGCGACAUCACCUACGACAUCGAGGAUUGCAUCGACGACUCCGCACACCGCCUCCACGGCCUCCGCUCCGACAUGUGCUGCUACUACUUCGCCAACAGCGUCUACGAGGUCCUCACCUGGUGGCCUCGCCGCGACGUCGCCGCCAAGAUCUCCGUCCUCAAGAUGCGGGCUCAGCAGAUCGGCGAGCGGCGGGAGAGGUACGGCGUCAACAACCCGGAGGCCGCCGGCGGAUCUGAGGGUUCUCAUGCCGGAAACGGCACCGCUGCUGGAUUCGACGCCGCCGACAACCAGGAGGCGAGCCUUGAGCUCGUCGCCAUAAAGGAUCCGGUGGGCGUGGAGGACCACAUGAAAGAGCUGGAGGAGUGGCUGACCAACGACAAGAACAGCUCCGGCGUGCUGUAUGUUGUCGGGUUCGGAGGGGUGGGGAAGACCACCAUUGCGACCGCCCUGUACCGGAAAUUUGGGGACCAAUUCGACCACCGCGCCAUGGUCAACGUGUCUCAGAGCUCCGACAUCAACGCUGUCCUCACCAACAUCAAGAAUCAAGUCAUGCCGCAGUCCAGGGGCCAAAUGCAGCACGCCGGCGGAGGCGUACUCGGCCGGCUCAAGCGAGGCACCUCGGCAUUGGCGGCCAAGUGCUGCAGCGCCGGCGCCUCAGAGGAAACGCGUGGUGAGACGAAGCUGGACCGGCUCAAGAAAGAGCUCACGGGACACUUUGACAACAGCAGUUACUUGGUCUUGGUUGAUGAUGUUUGGUCUGCAGCAACUUGGGGCCAGAUCAGAAAGUCACUUCCUACAAGUAAUAAGCGCACCAGAAUAAUAGUUACUACACGGUUUCAAGCUGUUGCUAAAACACGCAGAGGGGAAGAAGGUGAUCAUACUCGUAAAGUUUCCCCUCUUGGUGUUGAAGAAUCUGAGAGGCUAUUUAAGCAGGCAUUCUUUGAAUCCAAAGGUAGUGAGGCCUUCUUUGAAUCCAAAGGUAGCGAGGUUGAUAAGGUUCAAGAGGAAGUUUGGAAGAUGUGCGGGGGGCUGCCGUUGGCCAUAGUUAUCAUGGCUGGUCAUGUAGCCUGCAACCCAAACAAAUCAGCGGCCGAAUGGUUGAAGGUCUGCAAAUCUCUAUUUCCAGAGUCAGGGAAGGAUCAUGGGAAAGAUGGUAGGAGAGACCUUACCCAGGAGGAAGUUGGUAGGAUUGUUAGUCAUUGCUACAAUGACAUGCCUGCUGACAUCAAGACUUGCUCCCUGUAUUUGAGCAUAUUUCCAAAGGGCCAGAAAAUCAGCAGGAAGCGUUUGACAAGGCGAUGGAUAGCUGAAGCUUUCGUUGCUGAGAAGCAGGGCCUGAGUGUGGAGGACGUUGCAGAGACAUAUUUCAAUCAUCUCAUAAGAAGGAAGAUCAUCCGACCAGUGGAGCACAGCAGCAAUGGGAAGGUGAAGAAAUGCAUAGUGCACGACAUGGUCCUUGAACACAUUGUAGCCAAGGCAAGUGAGGAGAAUUUCAUCACUGUGAUUGGUGGUAACUGGCAGCUACCUAGCAGCAAGGUCCGCCGGCUGUCCCUCCAAGAAAGCGAUUCCAAACGUGCAAAUGAUACAGAGAAGAUGAACCUGUCACAUGUCCGGUCACUGACCAUGUUUGGGAGUUUGAACCAACUGCCUUCCCAUUCAUUCAAGUUUGGAAUUGUACAAGUCCUGGAUCUUGAAGGCUGCAUGGGUUUCAAAGCGCAUCAUACAGAGGAGAUGUGCAAGAUGCUUCUUCUCAAGUAUCUCAGCCUCCGAAGAAGUGACACUAAGCAACUUCCAAAAUCGAUUGGAAAGCUUGAGAACCUUGAGACUCUCGACAUUAGAGAGACAAGUGUUGUUGAGUUGCCUAAAACCGUAUGCCAGCUUGAACGGCUGGUGAACAUACUUGGUGGGGAUAAAAUAACAAGAAGGGCAUUGAAGCUUCCUCAAGAGUUGAAUAAGAAGAAGAAAAUGAAGGCCUUGCGCAUACUGUCAGGGAUUGAGAUUGUUGGGGGAUUGGCGGACCUUCAUCAUUUGACUGAGCUGAGGAAGCUUGCCAUCUACAAGCUCAGCACCAUGAGUGACGAUCCAAGUUUCAAAGAUUUAAGCUCCUCUAUCGAGUACCUUGGGGGCUACUCUCUGAACACCCUCAUAAUUGAUGACGAGUCAUCCAAGUUUGUCAAUUCACUGGAUGACCUGUCAUCACCACCAAAGUUCCUUGUUGCCCUUGAGUUAUCUGGCAAGAUGGUUCAGCUCCCCAGCUGGAUCACACAACUCAGUGCUCUCACCAAGCUAACCCUUUCAGUAACAGCUCUCCGGACAGAUAACCUGCUGCUCCUUAGCAAUCUAGAUGCACUGUUCUCCCUCACAUUCUCAUUCAGGGCAGAAAAGCAGGAUUCGGAGACACUGACCAUUCUGGCAGAAAACAAGCUGUGCUCUGAUGGGGAGAUCACAAUCCCAAAUGCUGGUUUUAAGAGCCUUAAGCUUCUUCGCUUCUUUGCUCCUCUCUUGCCAGUACUGACCUUUUCGAAGAAUGCCAUGCCAGAGCUGGAGAGGCUUGAGCUACGGUUCAGCAUGCUGGAGGGGCUUUAUGGCGUGGAAAACCUUGCGGGAAUCAAGGUGGUGCAUCUGACAUUGAAGGACAAAGACGGUGAAUAUAUGACGAAAGAGGUGCAGCACGAGGUGGAGACAGCAGUGAAGAGGAAGACCAAUGGCAAGGCGCCCAAGAUAAUCCUCGAUCACUCAGAUAUUCUCAUGCUACAGCUGCUUUGCUCUCUCGAAGAAGGAAGGACGAUACUGUGA